UUUCGGCUUAACUCGAUGCUUAUAAAUUGUGCUGAUCAGUUUGCUGUUGUAUACUAAAGUUGUUAUAAUUUUCGUAGCUAUAUGUAGUAAUAUUUCAGAUGUAGCAAUUUAAAUAAACCAUUUAAAAUUACGAGAUUUCGUUUUGUUGUAGUAGAUUGUGUGCCAUUUCGGGCUAUUCUAUACAUCCAUUAUUAUUUUAUUAUGAUUAUAUCAUUGUUUCUUGGCAACUGGUGAGCGAGGCGAGGCAGAGCAAAAGCAAAGAGGAACUCUAUGGUUGUGUGGCCAGGACUAUCAAUAUAAUGGGAGAUAAUUACGAGGUAAUUGCAGCGGAGACAAAGCAAGCAUAUGAAAGAAUCAAAGCGUAUGUAAGGAAGACCCCUUUGGAUUAUUCUCCAUGGCUAUCAGGAGAUUGCUCGGUAUAUAUAAAACGGGAAGAUGGACAAAUCACAAAUUCAUGUAAGUACAGGGGUGCAGUAAACAAGAUCAAGAAGUUAUGCCAAGCCACAGAUACCAAACUGAAGAUUGUAACAGCUUCUUCUGGAAACCAUGGACUUGCCUGUGCUAGAAGUGUGACUGGAACUGAUAUUGACUGCACUAUAGUUGUCUUGGAGAAUAUAAGCUCGUCAAAGGUGAAAGGUAUUAAAAGGGCCAAUGCAACAUUAAAGUUUCAUGGAACUGACUGCGUUGAAACUGAACUAUUUGCUAAAAAUUAUGCUGAGGAAAUUGGUGCUUUGUAUGUUUCUCCCUACAAUGAUCCUGAUGUUAUUGCUGGGCAUGGGACUAUUGGGCUUGAAAUUUUGGAAGACCUUCCUUCAGUUGAUGCAGUGUUCAUCUCUGUUGGAGGUGGAGGAAUCAUCUCUGGAAUAUCAGCUUUUAUGAAAAACAGGAAGCCUGACGUAAAGAUAAUUGGAUGCCAGCCAGAAAACUCCAAAGUCAUGUAUGAAUCAGUCAAGCAUGGAUCAAUAUUAGACAUUGAAUGUUUGGACACUCUCUCUGAUGGAACAGGUGGUGGCGUAGAGCAAGGCUCGAUUACGUUUGACAUCUGCAAUGAUCUUGUUAACGAAUGGGUUUUGGUUUCUGAAGAUGAAAUCUCUUAUGCCGUUUACAAAAUGCUACAAGAACACUGUAAGGUUGUCGAAGGAGCAGCUGGUGUUGCCAUUGCAGCUUUUUUGAAAAUCAAGGAUCAAUAUGCAGGGAAAAAUGUUGUUAUUGUUAGUUGUGGAGGCAAUAUAUCUGUGGAGAAGUUGAAAUACAUAAUCGAUAAACAUCAAGGGGAGUGAGCAUUCAUCCUUGAGGUAGUGCUUAAACUAUGAAUGUGUCGACAUUUUCCGUAAGGUUUGAGUUUUAGCUAAUAUAUUCUUUUUACCUAAAACUUUAUAAUAGUUGAUUAUUUAAUGAAAAGAUUUUUUUUUAAGAGUUUCGUGUAAAGUGAAACAUUUCCUUUGAAUGGUGUAUAUUAAAAGCCGCACUGAAAAAUGGAUUUUAA